AGCCGUUCCUGCGAGGGUCGCGGUCCACGGCCUCCCCUGCGCCGCCACUCGCGUCCCGGGAGCCACAAGCCCCGCCGCGCUGCUGUCAAUCUGGAGCUGCCGCCUCCGUGGAUGGUGAACGAGAGCGCCCCGAAGGUGCCCAGGGGGAAAUGGACAACGCCGCCCUUCGACCCGCGCUUCCCCAACCAGAACCAGACCCGUAACUGCUACCAGAACUUUCUGGACUUCCACCGCUGUGUCAAGAACGCGCACCGCCGCGGCAAGAGCCCGCAGCCCUGCGAGUACUACUACCGCGUGUACCAUUCGCUGUGCCCCAUGAGCUGGGUGCAGCGCUGGAACGAGCAGCUCAAAAACGGGACGUUCGCCGGCAAAAUCUGACUGCGGAGCGCGGCCUCCUCCGGGGCACCGGCCCCCGGCCGCGGGGACCUACCUCACCCCGCUCCCCAACCUCUAAACCGCAA